AAUCAGCUACCUAGUUUUAAGGUCAAAACGCCUGGUCCGACUUAAAAGGCUUCCUUUAUUUUUGCUCUGGUUUCAACUAGGUGCACCGGCAGCUGCAAACUCUAUUUCUUUCACUUGAUAAUUCAUAGCCACAUAUUAUCUAUCAUGAUCUUUUAAAAUAGUGGACAGCGGAAGGUUGAGUACUAUUGGAUUUAAAGACAUUUUGUCUUGUAUUGGUUGGAAAAUCUGACUUCUGUUCUCUGGAUUUUUUUGGCGGAACUGUUCAUGAAUUCUGAUAAUUCUCUCUUGGGUUUGUCUAUUCUAUUCAGGUGCAAGCUAAUAAAUCAGUAGGACUCUUACAGGUGUCGUUUGAUCAUUGGGGUAAUGCCCCAUGCAGGUAGCCAGAGUCCUAUCUUGGAUGCCAACUUCCCACUUCUCACAGGGGUCACUCCUCUUUUCGUGGAUGCCUACUUGGAUGCAAUAGACUGCUCAGGAAUGUCAUUACUUCCAAUCGCAUGCUACCCAGCCACCUUCAAGAUGAGCUAGGGAUUGGUUUGCUUGCUGUUCGUCACAAUCCUCCCACUUGUCUUUAGCCUCUUCCCAUCCUCAUGACUGAGGGACUCCUAGAUGGUCAAACUUAAACAAAUUCCUACGCCUCGCUCUGGCUAAUUCUUCUGUUUGUGCUAUUCAGCCAUCUGCAGAGGACAAAAAUGAAGAAGAGAGCAUGAUUACUGGCUGGAAGGCUAUCAUUGUAUGCUUUGUCAAAUAUUUAUGUAUGGGGAAGACCAAAUGAUCAUGACCCCUGCAACCUAAGGUUUAGCCAUUGCUGCUUGAGUGGCUUUGUUUUAUUGCUCAUCAUUGUUUGUUCGAGCUUUUGCCCCGCUUAAACUUUGGAGGUCACCCCAUUUCACUCCACCCUUGCUGCCGCUGACUGGCCUCACUAGUGGCGUAAUCAUACAGAAAAUUGGUGUCGAUAUGAGAAUUGGGCAUUAUCAUUUUCUCUAUUGGUAAAGAUCAAAAGCAGCGAAAACAAACAACAUAUCAUCUGCUACAAUGAUCAGUACCUUCUUCAAUGGUUCUGCACUAAGUUUUUUCUUGUUCAAAGGGGAAGUAACAGCACUUAUAUUUGUGAAGACAUGAAAAAGAGUGUAAUGUGGUUCUCAUACAUUGCUUUCAUGUUGUUUAUCUCUCUUUCUCAAUCAAUGAAAACAAGAAACUGGAACAGGUAUUAAGUGGCUUUAUCUUGAGGGUUUUCAUCACACACAGGAAUCAAGUAUUAACAACUCUUCUGUCACAGCACGGCAGCUGGGGUUAAAGGAAGGAAAUACAUGGUGCUGGCUUUCAAAGUUUGCAAAUGAUUACGUAAGAGAAAGCAGGAGUGAUUCUAAUGAUAGUCGGGAAGAGUUUUUUGCUUAUUUAACUGGUUUAUUCUCAGUGGAUGAGAUUGAUUCUCUAUAUUCAGAACUUGUUAGAGAGUUUGAGGCUUGCAUGCUAAGCUAUUUUGCAUUUCAUUGGGAGCAUUAUUUGGUUAUUGUUGAUCAGGUUCUAGAUAGCAAUUCUCACUCAAAAAAAAGACUUCGGGCUGCUAUACUUUCUGCUACAAGAAAACAGCGUUUUGAAAGGGUGGUAAGGACUCUCAGAACAAAGAAUGUUUUUUCAACUUUAGUGGAAUUACUGAAGGCAAUUGGCAAGUGCUCGCCACAUUCUCAUGAAAAUAAUGAAAUUGACACUGCCAAUGCUAAUGAAAGACACCCCAUACUGCUGCUUGUUGGAGGUGGCAUGGGAGCUGGCAAGAGUUCUGUCAUCAGAGAUAAACUGAAAGACCCAAUUCAGUCUUGCGUAGUAGAAGAUGCGGUGGUAGUGGAAGCAGAUGCAUUCAAGGAGUCAGAUUUAAUAUAUAAAGCUCUGAGCAUUAAUGGUUCUCAAGAUAUGUUGGAGACUGCUGAAUUUGUACACAAAUCUUCCACUGAUGCAGCAUCAUCACUUCUUGUUGCUGCAUUGAAUGGAGGCCGAGAUGUCAUCUUUGAUGGCACUAUGUCAUGGGAGCCAUUUGUGGAGCAAACCAUUGAGAUGGUGCGAGAUAUCCACCGCAGACGUUACAGGAUGGGCCCAGGAUAUCAAGUAGACAAUGAUGGUCAUGUGCAUGAGAAGUACUGGGAACCAGUAAAGGAGUAUGAUUUAGCUCCCGAAGCAGAGGGUCAUAAUAAGAGCACAAAACAAAGUCCUCUUUUAGAAGAAGCUACUAGCGCUAAAGAAUCAUUGUUGGAAUAUAGAGAAUCAAGAAAGCCAUACAGGAUAGAGCUUAUUGGAGUCAUCUGUGAUGCGCCUAUAGCUGUUUUUCGAGGAAUAAGAAGAGCAUUAAGCACAGGGCGAGCAGUUCGGAUCAGAGAUCAGUUGCUUUCCCACAAAAUGUUUGCGGAUGCAUUUUACAAUUACUGUGAACUUGUUGAUCACGUUGAGUUAUACAGUACAAAUAACAUUAAUGGUCAAGCAGAGUUGAUAGGAAUGAAAAACUCACAUGGCAAACUAGAGAUCAAUCAUAAAGGCGUGAAUUCUUUGAGAAACCUUAGCCUUUUGAAUCCAAAUGCACGAUCUGUACUUGAACUAUACACUCAGCAUAGAGAGAGGAGGGAACCAGACAAGUACUGGAAAGAUGUUGUCUUGUCUUCUGAAAGAUUUUCUCGACAAAAGAACUUGCAAAAUGAGAUAGAGAGGGUUGAGUUUUUGCUAUCUGAGCGAGUGCAGAACCUGCAGCCAACAGUUCCCUGAACCAUAAAGGUCAAAAGGGAGAACAAAGGGACCUUUGAUCUGUAUCUUAUUCAAAAUUUGUAAUUGGGCUUUGAUCUCAUUACCAAGCUCCAGAGCAAACUGGGCAUUGGCAAUAGAUCUGCGCAAGAAAUAGAUAUAACAGUUCUGCUUUUUGGCUAAACUCCAAUGGCUAUUGGGAUAAAACCGUUAUGCUAUUUGGCUGUUAACUCAUAUUGAAAAGAAUCUUAAACUUCAACUUAGUUGAUUGCAUCAUUUGAAUUUAGAGAAGGUGCUUCUUAGUUUUGAAACCGACAAAGGCCAAUCAUGCACAGGCACAGUUCAGAUCACUGGUUACUUGACAUUUGUUGUCUCAAAGGAGAAUAAGAAAGGCGAGCAGCCCUCAUGAUGACAUAAAACGUACUUAAGAAUGUAGUUAUCUGCUUCUAUAAAAAACUACAUCACAUAUCUUAAAUACAUAUAUCUGUUACAAAAGAAAGGUUAACCAUAGUGCAUUUUAUUUUCCUUGUAGUAGUUAAUUAUUGAAUUGAUGUACCUUUUAUAUUUUCUAUGGUAGAGGUGAGUGCAAUUA